AUGCGCCUCCCUCUCGACGCACUCCUCCUGUCCCGCGCCGCCUCAGGCGUGGUGAACCAGACGACGCUCACCAUACCUUCAAGAGAGCCGCCCUACGCCCAGACCCUCGACCCGCAGCUCGCAUCCUUCUCGAUCGAGAUGGACCGCUGGACCGACUGGGCCGGCCCCACUGUCGGCUCGCCCAACGAGUUCGUCAACACCGCCCUCGGCCAGCUCUCGGCGCGUACCGGCAAGCCGGUCUACUUCCGCGUCGGCGCGAAUAGCGAGGACCGCGCCACGCUCGAUCUGAGCGUGGCGGUGAUGAACGCCACUUUCCCACCCCCAACGCCCGACACGCCCGCUCCCGAGGCCAACGCAAUCAAGAUCGGGCGCGACUUCUACGCCCUCUCGGCCAACCUCCCCAAGAGCACCGACUUCCAUUGGGGCGUCAACCUCAAGAUUCUGAACGAUAACGAGACCGCGUCCCAGCUUUCCCAUCUCGCAGAGAGCUUUAAGCGCCCCGAGCUCGCCCACGCCAACCUCCGUGCGGUGGAGAUCGGCAACGAGGCCGACUUUUAUGCCGGACACACGCCGGGCGUCUCCAACCCUGGGUGGGAGGCGUGGAACGCCGCAAACUAUACUGCUACAUGGGUGCGCAACGCCAAGGCCGCUCUUAAGAUCUUGGACUUUAAGCAUACGACCCUCAGCCCUGGCUCAUUCGCAAACUUCCUCCCGUUCUCAGGGAUGGGUUGGGGAGCUCCGGCGUGUUACCAGGCCGGGCUGCUCGAUGAUGAGGACGUGCGCGCAGCGACCCGCCAGUUCUCAAUGCACACGUACUCUGGUGCAUUCUCCGAGGGUAUCCCCGUGCACGUGGGCAGCUUGAUGAGCAAGGCCAAUGUGCGCGGCAACCUGACCAUCAAGUUGGGAGACAUUGUUUCCACCCACGCCGAGGGGCGCGAGUACACACUCUCCGAGGGCAACUCGUACGGCAACCACGGUAUCCCCGGCCUCAGCAACGGCGGCGAGCAGACUAUUUGGGGUGUCGACCACAUGCUCCAGCUCGCAUCGCUUGGCAUCAAGCGCAUGCACUUCCACAACGGCCGCGGGUUCAUGUACAAUGUCCUCCAGCCUAUUGGGCUCGCGGGUACUGGCGUCGACGACGGUACUGGGCUCGAGGGACCGCACGUGAGCGCACUCUACCACUCGUUCCUCGUCGUGGCGGAGGCGACUGGCAAGGGCCAGUCCAAGGUCGUCGAGAUCCCCACUAGCAUCGACACCCUCGCCGCGUACGGCUUGUACCAAGGUGGCUCGCUCGCUAGGCUCGUCCUCAUCAACUCGGCCGUGUUUUUCGAGGGCGGUGAGCGCUCCACGAUCAGCGUCAAGUUGGACGGCCUGCGCGGCAAGGCGCGCCGCUUCCAUUCGCCUUACACCAAUGCCACCAAGGGCUUUACUUGGGCUGGGCAGAGCUUCGAGACGCCCACGAGCGAGCCGACUGGCAAUGUCGUCGAGGAGGCUGUGGAUGGUGUGGUCGACCUUGAGGCGACCUCGGUGGUCCUCGUGCAUCUCGAGUAA